AGAGGCAAAGCAGAGAGAAAUUCUCAUUGCGGGCUGCACCAAAGUUGUCUGUUCCUCAGAUCUCUGCCCCUCCAUGUAUGUUAGCGAAACCUGAACCGGCAGCAGGCCCUGGAUUUGGUGGCCCGCGCUCUUCUGGAGUCUGUCAUUGUGCAUCAUCAUGAAAGAUGAAAUGGAGAACGCGUCCAAGGUGGAAGCCCCCAACGGGCACAGCCGACCCCUUGACAUCGUGCCCAGUACGGAGGAGAAGAUGACUGAGAGGGGUCAGUGGGGCAACAAGCUGGAGUUUAUUCUGUCGGUGGCCGGAGAAAUUAUAGGCCUGGGGAACGUCUGGCGUUUCCCCUACCUUUGUUAUAAGAACGGAGGAGGUGCCUUCUUCAUCCCAUACCUCAUCUUCCUGUUUGCCUGCGGGAUCCCGGUCUUCUUCCUGGAGACGGCUCUGGGUCAGUACACCAGUGAGGGCGGCAUCACCAGCUGGAGGAAGAUUUGCCCUUUGUUUGAAGGAGUGGGUUAUGCCACUCAGGUGAUUGUUGGCCUGCUGAACGUCUAUUACAUCAUUGUGUUGGCCUGGGCCAUCUUCUUCCUGUCCCACUCCUUCACCUGGGACCUGCCCUGGGCCUCCUGCAACAACACCUGGAACACAGAUUCCUGUAUGGAAUUCCAGAAAGGGAAUAGCUCCAUCGGUCAGCAUGUCAACGCAACCUCUCCUGUUAUUGAGUUCUGGGAGCGCAGAGUUCUGAGAAUCUCCUCAGGUAUUGAUCACAUUGGCUCUCUGAACUGGGACCUGGUUGUCUGCCUGGUCAUUGCCUGGGUCAUCUGCUACUUCUGCAUUUGGAAGGGAGUCAAGUCAACUGGCAAGGUGGUUUACUUCACGGCCACCUUUCCGUAUGCCAUGUUGGUGAUCCUGCUGAUCAGAGGGGUCACCCUGCCGGGAGCCUCCAGGGGAAUCCACUUCUACCUCUAUCCUGACCUGGGACGUCUCUCUGACCCACAGGUGUGGAUGGACGCCGGGACUCAAAUCUUCUUCUCCUACGCCAUCUGCCUCGGCUGCCUCACUGCCCUGGGGAGCUACAACAAAUAUAACAACAACUGCUACAGGGAUUGCCUGUCCCUCUGUUUCCUAAACAGUGGAACCAGUUUUAUUGCCGGCUUCGCCAUCUUCUCCAUCCUGGGCUUUAUGUCCUACGAGCAGAACAUUCCCAUCUCCGAAGUGGCUGAAUCUGGUCCAGGUUUGGCCUUCAUUGCCUAUCCCCGAGCUGUGUCCAUGAUGCCUUUCUCGCCUCUGUGGGCCUGCUUCUUCUUCAUCAUGAUUGUGUUUCUGGGCCUGGACAGUCAAUUCGUGUGCGUGGAGAGCCUGGUGACAGCCACCGUGGACAUGUAUCCCGCCACCUUCCGCCGUAAAAACCGCAGGGAGCUCUUCAUCCUGGCGGUGUCUGUGGUGUCCUUCCUCAUGGGGCUCAUCAUGCUGACGGAGGGAGGAAUGUACAUCUUCCAGCUCUUUGACUACUAUGCGGCGAGUGGGAUGUGUCUACUGUUCGUGGCUGUUUUUGAGACUGUUUGCAUCGCUUGGAUUUAUGGUGCUGACCGUUUCUAUGACAACAUAGAGGAUAUGAUUGGCUAUCGGCCCAGCCCUGUCAUCAAGUACUGCUGGCUUUUCUUCACCCCUGCAACAUGCUUUGGAACCUUUGCCUUUGCCUUGAUCAAGUACUCACCUCUGAAGUACAACAAUGAAUAUGUAUAUCCGUGGUGGGGCAACGGGAUCGGCUGGAUUCUGGCCAUGUCGUCCAUGCUGUGUAUCCCCCUGUGGAUGGCAGUGAAGCUGUACUACACCCCUGGAACACUGAAGGAGCGCCUUGUUCUCUUGACCACUCCUUCCACUGACUUGCCAAAGACAAAGAAGGAGCAGGAGAAGCUGCUCGCGAUCUUCGCCGCAGAUGGCGAAAGCCUCCAUCAGAGGGCACCCGCGACCAAGGACGGUUACUUCCCCGUCGAUGAGAAAGAGUCCCAUUGUUAAAAGGCCCGAGUGUUGAGAUCGGAGCCUCGUGGCUGGGGUCAAAGGUCACUCCUCAACUUUCACGCGCUCUGGAAUACAAAGUGCAGAGAAAGUUCAGACAAAGUGAGGAAAGCUCAGACGCAGAGUUCAUGAGUCGCCUCACCCGUAACUGCUGAUUUGCUGCUGGAGUUUUUUUCCUUUGUACGCAGCCUUCAACAUACUGUACAUAGGCAUCAAAAUUCUCAGUUAAUGAUUUACAGUACGUCCUCUUUAGGAGAGCUGCUGAUCAUCUCAUUUGCCAGCCGCAGAGUCACAAGUACAUUUGACGAAUGUGGCCAUCGUUGUUUACAUUUGAUCACGUCUGCUUUCUACGUAAGCAUUUUUUUUUCGGUCACGGACAUCUCUAAUGUUCACUCGGUCUGACAUGACUUUUCAGUUUCUUUAUUAUAGAGGAGUCCGCUGCAGGACGAGAACUGGAGGUGUCACAUGAGUGCAUAAAAGUUCACUUGAAUAAUAUCUAUGCAUGUGUAAAUGCACUUCUGUACAACUGUCUGGUGCAUCCAAUCCAAUCUCGCUCUCACGGCUCUGUCUUUACUGUACAGUUGAGAGGUAUCAUCUCAGGAUGUAUGAUUUUCUGAUGAAACAUCCUACAAAAGCAUAUUAUAACCAAUUCUUGAGAAUGCAAGAAUUUAAAAAAAGAAGAGGCAUUUACAUUUGGUUGAACUGACCCCAACUAACUUCUUCUCUUGGUAUUUCAUAUUAAUGUUACCUUGUUCAUUGACUCAGCAUUUAUAUUGACACGCUUUAUGUUAGGCUUCUGAUUGUUGACAGGAUUUUAAUUCAGUUGGUUUUGCCUAAUCUCUAAUGCAUUAAAUCACAUUACAUUAAAAUGUAAAUUGCCUGAAAAGAAACGGCUGUGCCACUUAGAUAACAUGGACAGGGAAGGCUGUGAUGUUUAAAGGGAUUCAUUCCAAAAUGAAAAACAAUUUUUCUUUUCUAUAAUAAUGAACUUCUUCACCUGCAUUUCUUUAGUUAUAAUACUGGAAUGAACUAGUAGGGAACACUUUUACGUUUGUACAUUUUAUACGCUAAAAUGAUUUUUUUUAUGACUGAAUGAAAAUACGUUUAAUUGAAAUGCACAUUUGCAUUGAUAUAUGUGUUUGUAUUUUAUGGAUUAUACAAUUAAUUUUUUUUAAUACAUGAAUGAUCAUUUAUAUCAUGGAAAAUAUGUGUCUCAACUGUGUUUAUUUUCUACUUGGUUUAUUUUUCAGUAACACCGCCCUAAUUUAGAAUAUUCUCCUUUAGGAUUUUCUCGAAUUAAAGCGCACAAUUGAUAUUCUAUA